AUGCCAGGGUUGUACUGCUUGCCUUCUUGGACUGCCCUUCCUCUACAGAGCUCAUGUGUGAAGGCCUGUGCCAAUGGCUAUACCUUGGGCAUCACUGCCAACCUUACUUACAUCAAUCUGGAGCAGCAACCUGUGGAAGGAGUAUUCGUCUAUCCCUUGGAGGAGACCGAGGUGGUCUCAAGCUUUGAAGCAAAGACAGGAAACAGGACCUCCACCUUCCAGAUCCAGACCCGGCCUCCAGUGGAUGAUUGCUGCCUUGACUGUAACAUGAAUUGCAACCAGCCGCUCCGCUGCAGUAAUGGACAUUUGAUCCUUGAUGGAGACCAGGCCCGGUCUACUUUCGUCGUCAGCGCAGGCCUGAUUGAGCCCUCAGCAACACUGACUGUGCUCUUCACCAGCAGCCGGGAGCUGGCAACCCUGCCCAACGGUGGCAUGCAUGUCUUCUUCCCAUCUGUACUCACGCCUUUAGUUGUAGCCGUGCCUGAAAGUGAAAGCGAAACGGGAAGCUUGUGUGACGACAGCUCCACGAGUUGUUUUGGCUCUGCUAGUCUGAAGAGUGACCCGUCUUUUUGUACGCCUCCCAAGGAGCCCGACAUCUUCAGAGGUGACGUUUACAAUCCCUUCCCCUAUGAGUUCAGCUUCGAGAUGUUGGUUAAUGGACCCUGUUUGCUGGCAGGACUAGAAAGCCCUUCUCAUGCCCUUCGAGCUGAUGCAAAUCCAUACGCCAGUUCCGCAUCAACGAUAUGCAUUACCUUGGCAGAUAAGCACCGUUACGACAAGAAUCUGGAAAUCAUCUUGCAUCCUUCGGAACCUCAUCAUCCCCACCUAAUCAUUGAAGAUGGUGCCAUGACUUAUCAUGAAUAUGAGGCACACAUAAGGAACCGCUGGGAUUAUGCACGGAUUGCCAAGAAGGACAGCGAUGGAGAGAGACAGAUUGCCUUUGUCCAGAAGAGAUUCCACAAAGACAUUUUCUACAAUCCUGUCCUGAUGCUGAAUUUCUGCCCCAGGAUAAGCAGUGUUUCUACUGACAUCCAGACGGUGACCAGGGAGAUCUUCUUCCUCAUUGACCAGACAGGAAGCGCAAGUGGCCCCAGCAUCGAUGGGAUCAAAAAUGCUCUGCUGGUGGCCAUGAAGAGCCUUCCUUCCAGCAGCUUGUUGAAUGUGGCGGGCUUUGGCCCCAACAUCAGACCGGCCUUCAAGACGAGCAAGCCUUGUAAUAAUGACAUCCUUAGGCUGGCCUGCGAAUAUAUUCAGAAGCUACGGGCUGAUGUGAGCGGGACCAGCCUCCUUGCUGCUCUGAACUGGAGUUUGGGACAGCCUCUCCACCGCGGAUAUCCACGGCAGCUCUUUAUCUUGAUGGAUUCCAGCGUAGAAAACCCAGGCAAGGUUAUUGAGCUAGUCCGGAGACAAGCAAGCACGGUCAGGUGUUUCACUUUUGGCCUGGGGUCUGCUGCCUGCCAUCAGCUCCUCAGGAGAUUGGCCAAAGUUAGCAGAGGCCAGGCAGAAUUCCUCAGCCCGGGAGAAAGAUUGCAGCCUAAGCUGAUAAAGUCCUUGAAGAAAGCCAUUGAGCCAGCUGUGAGUGACAUCACCAUUGACUGGUACGUGCCUGACACCAUGGAGGCCCUGCUGUCACCCAAUGAGAUCGCGGCCCUUUAUCCCGGAGACCGGCUCAUCAGCUACUGCACCCUCUACCACAUUGCCAGCUUCCGGGACAAGAAAGGCAGAGAGCAAAUCUGUCGAAGUUUUUCUAGAGGAUCUGCAGGGCCGGCCUUUCCAUCCCAGGAGGAGAUAGAAGGACAGGAUGGAGCCCUCCCACCUUCAGCUGGAGAUAAUCCAGAGUGCUGCAAGGGCCCUCACGACAUUUCCCAGGAAAUAUCUACAAAGUUUUCACCUGGGGACACCGAUGAGUCUAUGAAGAGUGGAGAUCCUGUGUCUGGAGGAGACAUCUGGAAGCGGAUUUACCAGCCUUCCUACAUCCAGGAGCAAUAUGUGCUUACUCACUGCUCCGUCAGCACUGACCCUAGCCAGGGCUUAUGCCACAGCUCUACCAGCAGUGAGUCUACCGGCUCCAGAGAUGUACCUCCAGAGGAAGGCUCCUUAGCCCAGACUCUUGAAAGCACCUCACAGCAAGGACAGAAGAGUGUGUCUCUCUGCAACUCCUCCACUAAGUCUGCUCCACUAACCCAGUCUCAGACUAGGGCUGCGGCUAAGGUACCCAUUGCCCUGAGCUCUGAAGAGUUGAUGCGUAAGAAGAAAGCCCUGGCUAAGACUGCCAUGUCUGGGCGUAGUUUCUCUUCCCCGCAUGGCGAGUUGGACUCCCGUCGGCUGCGCCGAGCCCUGGAGAAAGUAUCCCAGAAACCCAAUCGGUCUCUGGAAGGGAAAUUGGAUGAGAUUGGGCCUGAGCUGCAGAAGAAGCCCCAGCCUGCUGCUGAUUCCAGCAACUUGCUGUCACCUGUCCAUCUUGACUGGGACAUGCUGUUGGAUCCCCCCUACCUUUUCAGCCCAUCACCAGCCUUGGAGCAAGGAAUGGCCGAUGGCAACCCCUUGCCUUCUCUCCAGUGCCAAGUGGUGAUCCAUGCCCUCAGUGCAGGGAAGCCCGUCUCCUGGGAGGUGAUCGGUGGCCUGGAUUCCUUGUUCCUCCCCAAAGACAGCCUGGAACAUUCCCGGGGACAGCAGCAGCAAAACCCGGGAUUGGAGAAGCUACUUCACUGCCUGACCGCUGCCUCCGUUAUCCGGGAUAACGAGACUGUGGCUCAGAGAGAAGCAGAAGUGGAACACGGCAACUUGCUGUCACCUGUCCAUCUUGACUGGGACAUGCUGUUGGAUCCCCCCUACCUUUUCAGCCCAUCACCAGCCUUGGAGCAAGGAAUGGCUGAUGGCAACCCCUUGCCUUCUCUCCAGUGCCAAGUGGUGAUCCAUGCCCUCAGUGCAGGGAAGCCCGUCUCCUGGGAGGUGAUCGGUGGCCUGGAUUCCUUGUUCCUCCCCAAAGACAGCCUGGAACAUUCCCGGGGACAGCAGCAGCAAAACCCGGGAUUGGAGAAGCUACUUCACUGCCUGACCGCUGCCUCCGUUAUCCGGGAUAACGAGACUGUGGCUCAGAGAGAAGCAGAAGUGGAACACGGUUUCUUCCGCAGGUUCCGUCUUAAAGCUGUCCAGUCCAGCAAGGCUUGCAAUCUCCCGUCCACGUUUACCUCCGCGGUGCCUGUAGACUCUUCCACUAAGGAGACCUUGCCUUUAGCACUUCAGGUUCGCAGCCCAGACGGCGUAAACAAUCAUCAGAAAGGGUCCCGUUUAUUCAAUCAGCGUCAUCAGAGUUACUCGCUAAGCCUGGGGCACGGGCAGGAUUCACAGGAUUUGGAUGAUGCUCUUGUUCCUGCAGAAAGCGAGCAGUCCUCAGGUUGCAACAGUGCCAUUCACGACUACCUCCCCCUGGUGCAGCUGCAGCAAGCCCCAGGCCUGUUCCACCUGAACGAGGCCUUCUCGGAAGCGGUGCAGAUCCCCCUGGACCGCUUGUGCCGGGCCUCUCCUUAUCCCUCACACCGGGCCAGCCUGAGCCCUGCCUCCAGCACCUCUCCGUGGGCUUUGAUCGCCAAGAACACCCCAAAGCCACCGGCAAACCAGCCUCCCCCGGAAGCCGAUGAAGAGGGAGUCAGGACGAGCAAAGCGCAGGGGAUGGAGCCGGACUCUCCACACUCGCCCAGCACCUGCUCAGACGUUCUGAGCGCCGUUGUGUGGGCCCAGGCGGACAGCGGCCGGGGCUCGGAAACCGACGCCUGCGACCAUUCGCCGGACGCUUCGGAAGCCAGCCUCAGCCUGCAGGAGGCCGGGUUGGAGACCGAGGAGGGCGAUUUAGAGAGCACGAGCUGGGCCACAGCCGUGGCCCUGGCCUGGCUGGAGCAUCGUUGCGCCGGCUUUUUUGUGGAAUGGGAGCUGCUGGCAGCCAAAGCGGAUUCCUGGCUGCGGGGGCAGCUGCUGCCCGAAGGCCUGGACGUGGCUGCUUUGAAAGGAGCAGCCCGCCAGCUUUUCCUGCUGCUCCGCCACUGGGACGAGAACAUCAAGCUGAACAUGUUGUGCUACAACCCGAAUGACGUGUGACGAGCAGGCGAGGCCAA